CAAGCACAUGUGGAGUGAGUGGUGGUGCGCCGGAUUUAAACUCUCAUUUCAUUCACCUUUUUGACGACGACAGAUAGCAACUCUACAACAAACAAUUAUUCUCGCCAUCUCCAGCUCCAUCGAGCAUUCUUACAUCAAUCUGCUCCCACCCCACCACAAAAUGCUCACCCGCCGCACAGCCCUCCUAACCGCCCUCCUUCUCGCCAGCACCUUCGUCCUCUUCCUGAACGCUGGUUCCCUGUCUCGAUACGCGCGCUCGCCGCUUGCUGUGCCGCUUGCGCCUGGGCAGGAGGGGGAGUGGGAUAGGCCGCAGUUACCCGGUGGGCAAGGGGGAGCGGUGGUGAAUCCGGAUGGGGGGGCGGUGGCUGUUAGUGAUGGGGAUGGAGGUGGGGGGUUGGCCAAUGGUGGUUUGGGGGGAUUUGGGGGAGAAAAUAAGGACGCUGGUCUGGGGGGUCUCAAUGGGGAUGGUGGUUUUGGGGGGGACAACAAGAGCGGCGGUCUGGUCGGUUUUGGGGGGGGCAACAAGGACGGUGGUCUGGACGGAUUUGGGGGAGAUAAUAAGAACGCUGGUCUGGGUGGCCUAGAUGGCAACAGCCAGAGUAAAGAAGCUGGCAACACCGCGCCAAUUGAGUUCCCACCCUCACACACCAACACCAACACCAACACCAACACCGCCCCUCCUGCCAUCCUACCAGAGACCACCAAUACCAACCCCUUCCCAGCACCCACAAACGCCGACGGCUCCCCCAAACACACCUACUUCGAGCAAGCCUUCUCCGCCUCCCCCCCUUUCCCCUACGACUUCCCCGCCCUCAAAGCGCAAUGCGCACGCACCCACUGGCGCUCCGACGACGUCUACCUCCAAUGCGGCGGCAUGGCCGCGGGCCUCACCUCCAUCAUGUCGCAAGUCAAAGUGUGUCUAAAAAUGGCCUUCGAAGCCGGCACCGGGCUUGUCCUCCCCAGCAUGCCGCUCCGCGACUCGGACCAUCUCCAGGAAUUCAACCUGAUGAACCAGGACGCGUAUAUGACGUACGACCAGUGGUUCGACGUUGGGCACCUCAUCGACUCGGUUACGCGCGUGUGUCCGCAGAUGAAGAUUGUGCAUCCCGCGCAGCUUGAUACGGUGGAGUUCCCUGUCAAGCAUAAGUGGCAUAUCAAGCUCGAGGAUGCGAAGGGGUAUAGGCAGUUUCUGAGCUAUUUCUGGGCUGGAAGGCCGUUUGCGACGUUCUUCAAUGAGCAGUAUACGAAACUCACGCAGCUGGAUACGCUGAAUCCGCAUAACAAGGCUGUUGAGGCUGGGGCGCCGGCGCCGAAGGGGAUGACACUCGUGAGGAUGUCGAGUAACUUCCUCCUUUUCCGCAUCACCGACGACCCGACGGGGCAGGAUCUGAAGCUCUGGAACGACUUGGGGCAUCUCAUCCGCUUCACCCAACCGACGCGCGAUCUUGUCGCUGCACUCCUCGGCCAUGUGCCAAGGCCGUUCUACGGCGUGCAUUUCCGCGUCGAGUCAGACACCAUCUGGUCCUCGCUCGAGAACCAGCUCAAGGUCGACCUCGACGCGCUCGACAAGGCGUGGGAGAUGUUCGGCACGCCCGGCGGGGAAAAGCCGCUCGUCUACCUCGCGUGCGGGGACCAGGAGCAGGUUGCUAAAUUUGUUGAGGCGGGCAAAGCGCGCGGAUGGGAGGUGACGCAUAAAUGGACGCUUGCUGGCCGUGACAAGCCCACCCUCGAGAAGAUCGACGCGCUGCCUUUCGAUUUCCAGGGCGCGGUGGAUAUGGGGUUCAUGGUGAAGAGUGAGUUCUUCUUGGGGAUCACGGGGAGUGCGUUCUCGAGCACGAUUGGGAAUGCUAGGGAUGUUACCGGGAGGUAUAGGGGGAGUUCGCUGUUGCUUGGGAAGGGGGGGGAUGGGGGGGCGGGGACGCAUUUGUUUAAUGAUGGGGAUGCGAGUCUUUAUGCUUGUUGUUUGUGAGGCGGGGGGGUGAUGUGAUGGGGUGGGUUGGAGUUUCUGGAGUUGGAGGUUUGAUUUGGUGGCCGACAGUUACUGAGCAAUCCACGAGUUCAAAACUCUUCGAUUCUUUAAUAUCUGAUCUAUAAAUCUCUAUAAACCUCCUAUUAUACAUCCGUUCAGAUUCCAGAAAAACAGAGGGUUUCUGAGCAAUCCACAAGUUCAAACCUCUUCGUUCCCUCAAAAUCUGAUUUAUAAAUAUCUACAUAUUUAAAUUCCAAACCGAG